AUGAGCGAGAAAGAGCGUGGGAGAGCAGGGGGGAAACACCGGGCAGGAUUACCAGGUGACAUUUCGAAGCGGGAGUUAUUUGAACUGUUUGCUUGGACGGAAAGAAUCAACGACAUUUAUCUUUCACGGAAGAUGAGAAAUGGAAUGGUUUAUCUGUUCGCAUUCAUUCGGUAUACUACGAAGGGCGACGCUCUGAAAGCAAUCGCAGAGAUGAAUCGUAUGCGUUUAAGGGGAUCGGAGAUUUUAGUAGUGGAUGCGAAGUAUAGGAGGGAUGACUCUAAGGAAUGGCGAGUGACUGAUGCGGUGCUGACUGCGAGAGGGAUUCAGCAGCAGCCGUCGGGGGUCAAGGCUGAUGGCAGGAGAGGCGCAGAGGAGAUCACGCGACCUGAAGACAGGGAACAUGGGAAAGGAAUGACAUGUUUGGGUACUUUAACACCGACUUUUGAGGAGGGACCGGUGGGAGGGGGUGUAGGGGCUGGAGGUACCAGUAGUGCAGGAUAA